AAUUAUCUCCCAAAAAAAGCUAAAACGAAAAAAAAACAUCACCCCAUCUUCUCCCCACUCCUUGAUGGCGCCUCCCGCCGCCGGGGAAACCCCACCUACGGAGGCUGCGGAGAACAGCGCCAAGACCGAGGAGUCGCGGUGGCUCGCGGCCCUCUCCGAGCCAGAGCUCGAUCUCCUCAUCAGCCUGAAGAUGCUGGCCGUGAAGCGGGCGGAGACGGCCGGCCGCCCCCACCUCGCCGACGGGUUCGAUCUGCGCACGCUGCGUGCCCUCGGUGUUGUUUUGCUGGAGGAUUUCAAGGCACGGUUAGAAGAAACCUCGGUCGAUGCAUCCGUUCUUGAUAGACUUGCGCUGUCGAGGGACUGUGUCGCGGAUGCCGGCGGCGGCAGUGGUGACUCUGAGGUGCUCAGGCGGCACGGCAAAGAUGAGCCAAAGCCAAAUAGCGUCAAGAGAGAACGAAAGCAGAGGCAGGAUGGGCGCCAUGGAGAAACCGUGAAAAGCAAGAAGAAAAGAAAACUGAGCGAGAGGAGAUAGCAUCGAGAGAGCAGACUGCGACGAUCUUCCUACUGAUAGUGAUCUAGUGCAAACACCGCCCAGGGAUGUAUGUCGUUGAGCGACAACACUGAAGCUGCUGCUGCUGCUGUUAGUGGUGUAAAUUUUGCUUUUUUUUUAUCUGAACUCGAAACUUGUUUUGGGAAUGCAACCCGGCAGGGAAGGGAUGCCGUGAACUGAUGAUGAUGACUGCUGUGGCAACCAGGCGUAGUUUAAUGCAUCUUCGUUUCAGGACUCUCUUAACUGUGCCAUGAUUUCUUUUCUAGC